AUGUUUUCAUCUGCGCUAAAGUCGUUCACUUCCAACAUCUCAUCUAAUUAUCAGAUCUCUCCAACUGCAACCCUGGUCUCUGGCCCGUGGAAAGUCUAUGAUGGAAAGAAAAAGUCCACGGGGAAUGCUGCAUCUAUUUUUGUUUUUGAGCGGAAAUCGCUCGACUCUCGAUCCAGUGGGUUUGGCAAUCGCUCCAGCAAUUCCUCAACAAAGAAAUUGCAUGAUGAAGUAGUAGAGCGUCUGAAGCGGGAAGCUAGCACUUUGUCGCGCUUGCGGCAUCCUUCAAUUCUUCAGGUAUUGGAGCCCGUGGAAGAGACGCGAAAUGGGGGUCUGAUGUUUGCGACGGAGCCCGUCACUGCCUCGCUGUCUGGCAUCUUGCAGGAGAAGGAUAGAGAGAGCCGUUAUGCAGCAGGGGCUAACGGGGCGAGAACUGGAGGAGAUGUUGAGAUGGAUGAGCUUGAAAUCCAGAAGGGUCUUCUUCAGAUUGCAAAGGGAUUGGAAUUCCUACAUGAAUCUGCCGGUCUCGUACACGGAAAUCUCAACCCGCAAGCUAUCUUCAUCAAUGCAAAGUCUGACUGGAAGAUUGCUGGUCUUGCAUUUGCUGGACCUGCCGAUUCCUCUGAGACGCCGUCCUCUGUGCCACCGCUGGCCCUCUCUGAGAUAUUAUAUCAUGAUCCACGGCUACCCAGUUCAGUUCAACUCGACCUCGACUAUACCUCUCCUGACUUUGUGAUGGACUCCCAUGUCACUCCUUCCGCCGAUUUGUUUUCCCUUGGUCUGGUCAUUGUCUCUAUCUAUAAUUCCCCGCAUGUGUCCCCGCUUCAGACGCAUUCGAACCUGAAUACAUACAAAAAAUUGCUCAGCUCCCCUUCAAGUACACCUACUAAGAGCAACGGAUUUCUCAGCUCGAAACCAUUGCCUGAUGAUCUUGCUUCUCACGUGCUGCCCAGGUUGAUAACACGACGGCCUGCUCAGCGUAUGAAUGCUCGGGAAUUCCAGCAAUCACAAUACUUCGACAAUGUUCUGGUGUCAACUAUUCGGUUUCUGGAAUCAUGGCCGACAAAAACGCCGAACGAAAAGUCUCAGUUUUUGCGUGGGCUUCAGCGUGUACUAGCCGGGUUUCCAACGUCAGUAUUGGAGAGGAAGGUUCUAGGGAUACUACUGGAGGAGACGAAGGACCGUGAACUUUUAUCGCUCAUUUUGCAAAAUAUUUUUAAGAUCAUUGAAAGGUCGCCGAACAGUCGUAAGAUAUUUCCUGAAAGGGUGAUCCCACGACUGAAAGAGAUAUUCCUAGCCAGCGGAAACAAGGCUGCAACUCGGGAACGGGACACGAACAAAGAGGCCGGUCUCAUGGCGGUACUUGAAAAUAUGAACGUCAUUGCAGAGAAUUGUUCUGGCAGGGAGUUUAAAGAAGAUGUGUUGCCGCUUAUUCGACUUGGAAUGGAGUCCCCAACUCAUGCACUUGUCGACGCUGCCAUGAAGUGUUUAUCAGUGAUACUUCCUGUUCUCGACUUUUCCACCGUCAAGAAUGAAGUUUUUCCGCCAAUUGCAAGUACAUUCAGUAAAACGGCCAGUCUUGCUAUCAAAGUCCGUGGCUUGGAAGCUUUCGUGGUGUUGUGUGGUGGGUCUAUCAAAAGCCCUUCGAUCCCCGAAGACGAUCUAUCUGGAGUCGUACAAAGUGGCAAGUCCAAAAAGACGACAUCUUCAAUCUUGGACAAAUACACUGUCCAAGAAAAGCUUGUGCCCCUCCUUAGGGCAAUCAAAACGAAAGAACCAGCUGUAAUGAUGGCGGCGCUGAAAGUGUUCCGCGAGGUCGGUAAAAUCGCAGACACAGAUUUCCUUGCCUUGGAAGUUCUUCCCGUGCUUUGGAACUUUAGUCUGGGGCCCCUCCUCAAUCUGAAGCAGUUUGAAGAGUACAUGGCAGUUAUCAAAUCAUUGUCCGCGAAGAUUGAACACGAGCAAACGAAAAAAUUGCAGGAACUGUCUUCCACUAACGGAUCAGACCUUAGGAAUGGGUCCAGGAAUAAUUCUGCGGUUUCCGGGCUAAGCGGUCAUUCAGCUGUUGACGAAACCAAUGAUAGCUUUGAAAGACUCGUUCUCGGUAAAUCUGGCACGUCUAAUGCUGCCAGCAACGAUCUGUGGGACGAUUGGAGCUCACAACCUUCGACCGUAACGAAGACGUCCACUCAACCGUCUACACCAACGUUCGCUUGGUCGUCGAACGCGAAAGGGACCACAAGCCUGGCGAACAAUCAGUCGUCAAUAGGACAUGUGGGCAUUCCCUCUCGUACGAUCACCCCUGACUUGAAUAUGAGCGCCUUUCCAUCUCUUGAACCCGCAAAGAGGCAUACAGCGUCUUCUGUUGCGUCCCUGUCCACGGGACAAUCACCAAGCUCGAUGUCGAACUUGGGAAGCUUCGCAAGGACAGCGUCUAGCUCUUCCAUACCCACUGCAGGAGGGACAGGGAUGCAAUCUAAUUACUCAGCAUUCACUAUUCCUCCGCCUCCUUCGACAACGAUACAAACAACAACGACGACAACGACACCACGGCAGUCCCAGACCAUGUCUAUACCGACACCACAAAACACGACUAGCUUUGGGUCAACCCAGAACCCGUGGGCGAAUCUGUCAAGUCCCAACGCGUUAUCCAACAAUUCUGGCUCGUUUUCUGCAGGACAGCAGCAGCAGAAACAAGGUCUGGAUAAAUAUGAAAGUCUUUUGUGA